GGGCGCACGCUGUUGUCCUCUCUUGUGCGAUCAGCCAACCCCUGCCGUUGUAAUGUAAAGCUGGUAGUAUCCUGGUGUACCGCUGUAAAGAAUCCGCUGAAAGGACCCGGUUUACAUACAUCGAUGCCUCAAACUUGAAUAGUUCCUGCAUCGGAGAGAUUCUGCAGCCAAAUUACGCAUGGAAUGGUUUUGGGGGGAUUGGAGUAGAAAUGCAGCGCCGCACGUCCAGCUCACAACAAGAACCAUGCCCAGCUUACAUUGCAAGCAAAUCUAUGACAUCCUGUUUUAUCUUCUACGAGUUUGAUAUGAGUGAAAUUUGUUCGGACACCGACGAGGAGUGAAGACAUACACAGACCAGAAGCCGAAGGACGCUGUUUUCGCUGCAGACGCGUGUGUACCGAAAACCUCUGCAUUUAGGAUUUCGCUCUUCUCUUUUGAUGGAGCUGGAGAACAUAGUAGCCAACACUGUACUGCUAAAAGCGAGAGAGGGUGGAGGAGGAAAGCGGAAAGGCAGGAGCAAAAAAUGGAAGGAGAUCCUUCGCUUCCCCCAUAUAAGCCAGUGCACUGAGCUGGGAAACAGCAUUGAGAGGGACUAUGUUGGCAUCUGUGAGAAACAGCCUAUCGGAAGGCUUCUCUUCCGUCUUUAUUGUGAGACCAGAACUAAAUUGCAACGAUGCAUCCAGCUUCUGGACGCAAUGGAAGACUAUGAGGUGACACCUGAUGAAAAAAGAAAAAGCAGAGGGGACCAGAUCAUUGAGACAUUUCUCUCCAAAGAAUCGCCUCAGCGUGUAGACAUAGCAGAGGCUUUUGCAGACCAGUGCCGGGAAAACCUCGAGCUCAGUCCAUGUAAGGAGAUCUUCAACAACUGCCGCAAGGCCGUCCAUGACUAUCUGAGUGGAGAUCCGUUCUUGGACUACCAGAACAGCAUGUACUUUGACCGAUUCCUGCAGUGGAAGGUGCUGGAGAGGCAACCAAUCACGAAAGACACGUUCAGGCAGUACCGAGUGCUGGGGAAGGGGGGAUUCGGAGAGGUGUGUGCCUGCCAGGUUAGAGCUACAGGGAAGAUGUACGCCUGCAAGAAGCUGGAAAAGAAGAGGAUAAAGAAGAGGAAAGGAGAGUCCAUGGCUCUAAACGAGAAGCAGAUUUUAGAGAAGGUCAACAGUAGAUUUGUUGUGAGCUUAGCGUAUGCAUACGAGACCAAAGACGCUCUGUGUCUGGUGCUGACCAUCAUGAACGGUGGAGACCUCAAGUUUCACAUCUACAACAUGGGCACGCCAGGCUUUGAGAAGGACAGGGUCCAGUUCUACGCUGCUCAAAUCUGCUGUGGACUCGAGCAUUUGCACAGGGAAUCCAUCGUCUACAGGGAUUUGAAGCCGGAGAAUAUCCUAUUAGAUGACAAUGGACACAUCCGUAUUUCUGACCUGGGGCUGGCCAUCAAAGUGCCUGAAGGAGAACUCAUCAGAGGCAGGGUGGGGACUGUGGGUUACAUGGCUCCGGAGGUAAUAAACAAUGAAAAGUACGCAAUGAGUCCUGAUUGGUGGGGGCUGGGCUGCCUUAUUUACGAGAUGACGGCCGGGCGAUCACCCUUCCGCGCCCGCAAAGAACGAGUGAAACGGGAGGAGGUGGAGAGGAGGGUGCAGGAAGAAGAGGAGGAGUACAACGACAAGUUUACAGAGGACACCAAGGCUAUCUGUAGAAUGCUGCUGACCAAAGACCCUAAGCAGAGGCUGGGGUGCCUGGCGGAUGGGGAAGCGGGCGUAGAGGCCCACUCGUUCUUCAAAAACAUCAACUUCAAGAGGCUGGAGGCUGGAAUAAUGGAGCCUCCUUUUGCGCCUGAUCCUCGGGCAGUGUACUGUAAGGAUGUUUUGGACAUUGAGCAAUUCUCCACAGUCAAGGGAGUAAAUUUGGACCAAACUGACAAUGACUUCUACUCCAAAUUUGCUACAGGCAGUGUUUCCAUCCCAUGGCAGAAUGAGAUGAUAGAAACGGAGUGUUUCAGAGAUUUGAAUGUGUUUGGGCCUCAAGGGACGAGACCUCCCGAUCUGGACUGGAAUCAGCCACCAGAGCCACCCAGACGGAGCCUGCUGGACAGGAUCUUCAGGAGACAUCACCCAGAGGUGUCUAUUUCCCACAGCCGUGUGCAGUCUUCCAGUGUAAACUCUGUGGACUCCAUGUCCAACUCUGCCCCCUAGUGGCACAGAGACAGUGUGGGAGCCACACACUCUCAAAGGGAAGGAGUUGCGAGGGGCUUUCCCGCUGCUGAUUGGUCCACAGCCCGGGCCUGAGCAGCAGCCGGAGAAAGCCUGUAAAAGCCUAAAUGGUCAGCCCAUGGGGGGGGGGGGGUGACCAAGCCCUGAGACCCUGGGCAUUUGUAGUGGGUUGGUCAAUGUUGCAGAGACGUUUGGAAAUAUUCAGACAAACCUUUCUUACCCUCAGGACUGUUGGACUGCCGAACAGAGCCACUGAUGUUGAUGAAAACAGAGAAGGAUAGAAAACAAGUUAAUAUUCAGGGGAUCCACUGUAUAAUAAAGACCACCACAGGGAAUAGAAGAUGGGGUCUUGGUGAAUUUUUUGUUUUUCCACAAAAGGAAUUUCUUUUUCACUAAUUUUUUUUCUGGCCUGUUUCUUGUACCAAUAUCUGUCCAUCUAUCUACAUCCCUCCGAGUGUCACCGUCUAUACUUAAUCUAACUUAUUCUUUCUCUCUGUUUCCACCUCCCAUACCUCAGCUCACUCCUACAACAUUCAGAACACAUCACCUCAACAACCUCAACACAUAACGUACAUUGCCUUGCGUACACUCAGGCCAAAGAUUACACUUUUAGUUUUGUGAAACUUUUGUCAUGUUGAUUUAUUGGUUAUUGCAGGUUUUCAGCCGUCAUUUAGAACCACAGGAGGAUCUGAGUGUGUGAUCCUUUUUAUACAUUUCUCUAAAUAUGAGCCUGCAGACAUAUCAUAUUGCUCAAAGCACACAUACAGUACGUACAUACAUACAAAAUCAGAUAGACAGAAUUGUGAGAAUCGUGUUGUGUUUUCAUUGCAUGGAAAAGUGUAAGUAUGUACAGCUGUAUCCCUUUUUGCUUCUGCAUACCUCAUUCCACGAUCGUAUACCGUGCACAGACGUCGCCCUCGGUUAACAGUGUCACUUUAUAUUUGACAUUAUGUGGAGUUUGAAAAACAAAUUAAUAUGCUGUACAGAAAGAGAAAUCUCUUGUUUUGUUCUUUGCUCAGUUUUCUGCACAGUCCCCCUGGAGUGGAGAGGAACACAUGCACUCAGCCCGACUUACAAGUUGCACAAUUUGAAAUACUGUCAUGCUGUUUCUUCACCAAAAUCACAAUGUUUUUACCUCGGAUCAUUAAGGCACAUUAUUUUAUUGAUAUUGUCACACACCGCUUGUUUUGUAUACCACAGACUAAAGUGUUCUUGGUCUCCCUAUGCCUUUUCCAUUUAAAAGAUAUUGCUGCAUUGUUGUCAGAUGUACAGGUUUUUAUAUGUUACCCCUUUUCACUUACUUUUUAACAUGCUCUUCAAAAUGCCUCACAAAUCUAAAGGGUCUUCCUCUUGUGUCCAACCAUAAUCGAAGACACAGGGUAUAUGUGAAAGGUUUAUCUUAUGUGAAUUUUAUUUUAAGCUGUCCCGUUCAUUCGGGAGAUGAAUGAGGAGAGGUGAGGAAGACACCAGAGGAUCCCACAAACACCACACAAAGAAGUGGCCUUCGAGCAGCAGCACAGCUUGUUUUUAAGAAUAUGGUUUUUUCCUUGUUUGAGGUAAUGAAAACUGGUCCAUGCAGUAAUUAAUCGACCAUACCAAUCUCACACAAGCCUGUUUUUUUGGGGUUUUUUUUCUCUGCGUACUUGAUGUAAAAGGGAGAAAAAUAAUCUGAAUCAGACUGAAGUGCCUCCUUGUUAGCAUGAUCUCGCAGACAAUGCCCACACAGACAUCAGCACUUUGUUUAUUCUCUGACUGUCGUGCUCUGUUUGUUUCGCUGGGGAACCUGUCAACACACAAAUACACACAGACUCACAGUGUUUGUUGGAAGUGAAGGAAGAAGGCGGAGGAACCGAUGGAGAGGUGCGAGUCAAUAAGGGAAUUCUCCUUAAUGUGAUGUUGCUGAGUGCAUGUGAAAGCCAUACCCACUGUGUCCUUCAAGUCCCAAUAAACUCUGUGCUAUAGUUUGAGUACUCCA